UCUUCGUCAAUGCCGGAGUCAGUUGCUUCGUUUGAUACACUUUAUUCUCGAUAAAAAACUAGUUUUGAACGAUUAAUUUUGUUGACGAAAGUUGAGAUGCUGUUGUGGGGUAGUUUUGCCAUCCACUGGUGAAUUCUUUCGACGCGGACAUAUUCGCAAAGGAGUCUGUGGCUGCAUUGGAGCAGUGGUUUUGAGGUUAUCCGUCAGACACGAGUGUUUCUUUCAGAAUUGAAUUGUUUACUGGAAAAAUGAUUCCAAAGACUCUCAUGCUCCGAAGUGCGACGUUGAACGCUGGUGUCCACAGGCUGUGCUCGAGGAGGUGUUACUCGACAGAAGUUCCGUCGAAGAACGAACCUUUCGACAUAAGCUCUGCUGAGGAGACACCCAGGUACAUCCAGACUCUGACAGAGGCGGACAAAGAGGAGCUCAUGCAGAAGAGGUUGAAGUCGAACCUCAAUGAUUCUCAUCGGAGGAUCAUACAGGGCGAGAGACCCUACGAUGAGAACAUGGCGUGGUUCCACGCCACUAUUAGGUACAAGAGGAGGAUGCUGGGCAGGUACGGGAUGGCGGCGAUGGAUGGGCAGAUUGGAGCCGCUUGGCCCACGGAGGAGGAGAUUCAGGACAAAAUACUGUGGGAGAGGACGGCCUAUCCGAAGAGUAUACAAGAGCGAUGGAAGGAGAUUGAGGAUAAGAAGAUCGAGGAGGAGAAGGGGAUCAGACUCAGGGAAGAGACAAUCACCAAAAACAUGGCCAUGGUAGGUAAAUGGCAGAAUGAGUUGAAGGCAAAACUAGCCAAAAAAGAGGCUGACGUAGUGGCUGCUAAAGAGCGCAAAGCACGUCUGGUUGAAGAAGUGAGAAGGCAAUUCGGUUUUGCUAUUGACCCACGUGACGAGAGAUUCAAACAACUGUUGGAGCAGAAGGAGAAGGAGGACAAGAAACGCAAGAAGGAGGCUAAGAAGAAGGAGAGAGCUGCAAAAUUCCUGGCUUCUAUGAUGGGACAAACAAAGGGGGAUUCGGGAGAGGCUUCCCCAUCAGCCGAAACCAAGGAUUCCGAAGAACCAGUGCAGAAAAAGCCGGAGAAAGAAACGUAGAAACGAUAACUGUACAAAUGAAAGCAUAAAUUUAAAUUUGUAAAAUUAA